AUGCCCGAUGAGGCUCCCACAAAUCUUGAGUAUUUUCAGGGUCUGAUCUACGAACGGUACCCGAACGACGGUGUACGAAAGUCCCGACAGCGGCGGAAGGACGCGAACAAGGAGAACAUUAACGUUCUGGUCCGCGGCGGCUCUGCGCUCCGUUGUUUCUAUACUGCGGCCGGCAGCGAGAAACAGGUAUUGCCAUCGCGCAGAUACGAAAGUCACGAUGGAGCCCCUGAUGAGGGUGGGAUCAGUUGGAGGUGCGCUAUCGGGCCUAAGGCCAAUGGGCUUGCUUGCCUUUCUGGCGCACGCCUGGGUACCAUACUUCUUGCACAAGAGUCCACCACAACGGCCGUAUUUCCUUUCCACAGAGACUGCUUCGACGUACUCAAAACAGCUCACUAUUCUGCCGCAGUUGAUCCUGAUCUGCUUUAUGACACGAUCAGGAUCAACUGCGGCAGAAUGGUGAGCUGUUUUGAGUACGUGAGGACGACGCUCGGAGAGUACAUUGCGCCCGCCAGUACCACCCCGUCAAGAACAUUCUGGAGGGACCAGAUGCUUGAUUCCCUCAAACAUCACAAUACAACGGCCGACACUAUGCAGAUUCGGAAAUCCGUCUGA